AUGGUCCUGCCGCGGGUGCCGUACAGAUCGCUCUGCCGCUUCAGGUGCGUGUCGAGGUCGUGGCGCGCGCUCUGCUCCGACCGCCGCGUCCUCCGCAGGUCGCCGCAGACCCUCUCCGGCUUCUUCUGCCACUCCCGCGACGCGCGCCGCCGCGGCUCCGUUUGCCACAGCCGCGACGGCCAUCUCCUCGUCUUUCGCAAUCUGUCCGGGAGAGGCCGGCCCCUCAUCGACCCAUGCCUGCCCUUUCUGCGCCAGCGCGGCUAUAGAAGCGUCACGCUCAUCCACUGCUGCAACGGCAUCCUACUCUGCUCCGCCCACCGGGAGAGGCCGCCGUCUCCGGCGGAGUACAUUGUGUGCAACCCUGCGACUGAGGAGAUCUGGGCGGUGCUGCCCGUGCCCGCCUCACACGGCGACCAACGGGAUAGCAACAUCUGUCUCUGUUUCGAUCCUGCAAUAGUUCCAUCCUACUUUGCGGUGUUUGUGAAACCAUCGGAGAGCGGCGGAGUCGAGGUUUACUCGUCAGAAACUGGACGCUGGGCAUCCCUGCUGAGCGAGUGUGGUCACCUUGGUUUUGCCGGUGACGAUUUAGGGUAUGUCUUCUUCAAUGGCACUUUGCAUUUGAGUGCCUACUACUCUUCUUUGAUCGUCACGCUGGACACCAAGCGACAGACAUGGGGGGAAAUCCCAAUGCCGGAGGACAAUAAACCUGCUGCCAUAGGGCUGUCUCAGGGGCGCUUACACCUUGUAUGCAUAGACUAUGACAAUGAUUGGCAACUAUCUGUUUGGGUUCUCGAGGAAUAUGCCAGUGACACGGCGGACCUGCACAUAUCGGUGCUUUGUAGCUGCUAUAUACAAAGAUUGAUGGUGUGA